GGAGAAGGAGGAGGAGAUCUCGGAGCUCAAAGCCGAGAGGAACAACACCAGGCUGCUGCUGGAGCAUCUGGAGUGCCUGGUGUCCAGACACGAGCGGUCACUUCGAAUGACGGUGGUCAAGCGGCAGGCUCAGUCUCCCUCGGGAGUCUCCAGUGAAGUCGAGGUCCUCAAAGCACUCAAGUCCCUCUUCGAACACCAUAAAGCCCUAGACGAGAAGGUAAGAGAGAGACUACGAGUGUCACUGGAGAGGGUGUCCGCCUUGGAGGAGGAGCUGACAGCAGCCAAUCAGGAGAUUGUGGCCUUACGGGAACAAAAUGCUCACAUUCAGAGAAAAGUGGCUUCCGGGGACGGAGGAGAGGACAUCCUGGAGGGAAGUGAAGCUCAGCAGAAGGUUCAUGGCAAGCGUCUGUCCAACGGCUCUCUGGAGUCGGCCCACGAGGCGAGCCAGGUGGUGGAGCUGCAGGACCUGCUGGAGAAGCAGAACUACGAGCUGGCCCAGAUGAAGGAGCGCAUGUCCUCCCUCUCCUCUCGGGUGUCCGAGGUGGAGCAGGAGCUGGAGACCGCCCGGAAGGACCUCAUCAAGUCGGAGGAGAUGAACAACAAGUACCAGAGGGACAUCAAAGAGGCCAUGUGUCAGAAAGAGGACAUGGAGGAACGGAUCGUAACAUUGGAAAAACGUUACCUGAGCGCCCAACGAGAGUCCACCUCGGUGCACGACAUCAACGACAAACUGGAGAACGAGUUGGCCAAUAAGGAGGCGUUCCUCAGACAGAUGGAGGAGAAGAACAGGCAGCUACAGGAGAGGCUGGAGCUUGCAGAGCAGAAGCUCCAGCAGACCAUGAGGAAGGCGGAGACUCUGCCGGAGGUCGAGGCUGAACUGGCCCAAAGGAUAGCAGCCCUCACCAAGGCGGAAGAGCGUCACGGGAGCAUUGAGGAGCGAAUGCGGCACUUGGAAUGCCAGCUGGAGGAGAAGAACCAGGAGCUGUUACGGGCUCGACAGAGGGAAAAGAUGAAUGAAGAGCACAACAAGCGACUGUCGGACACGGUGGACAGACUCCUCACGGAGUCCAACGAGCGUCUUCAGCUCCACCUGAAGGAGAGGAUGGCAGCUCUAGAAGAGAAGAAUUUAUUAAUCCAGGACUCAGAAGGUUACAGAAAACAAUAUGAAGAUUCACUCCAUGAAAAAACACAUCUGGCGGAGGAGAUCGAGAAACUGAGAUCAGAGCUGGACCAAUUCAGAUUGAGGGCAGGCUCCCUCACAGAACCCACCCUGUCACGGUCUCAUUUGGACACGUCAGCUGAGCUCCGAUUCUCGCUGGGAUCUCUGGCUGAAACACAGUCGGACCACUACCGCUCGGCCAAGGUCAUCAGGCGGCCAAGGAGAGGUCGAAUGGGUCUGCGUGAAACCAAGGCCAAAUCGCUCGGGGAGCAUGAAUGGCGAUCACAGCAGCUGGGGGUUCUGGGAGGCCACCACUUUGAGAGCGAUACAGAGAUGUCGGACAUCGAUGACGAUGAUAGGGAAACGUUGUUCAGCUCCAUGGACCUGCUCUCACCCAGCGGCCACUCUGAUGCACAGACUCUGGCCAUGAUGCUGCAGGAGCAGCUGGACGCAAUCAACAAGGAGAUUCGGCUGAUCCAGGAGGAGAAAGAGUCGACAGAGUUGCGGGCGGAGGAGAUUGAAAACCGUGUGGCCAGCGUCAGCCUCGAGGGCCUCAACCUGGCACGAAUGCACCACCACGGAGCCUCCAUCACUGCCUCAGCCACCGCCUCCUCCUUGGCCUCCUCCUCCCCGCCCAGUGGACACUCCACCCCCAAACUUGACCCUCGAAGCCCCGCCCGCGACAUGGAGCGUAUGGGGGUCAUGACACUGCCCAGUGAUCUGAGGAAACACAGAAGAAAGAUAGCAGCAGUGGACGAGGAUGGCCGUGAGGACAAGGCCACCAUCAAGUGUGAGACGUCCCCGCCUCCGACGCCACGCACGGUCCGAAUGACACAUACACUGCCAGCCUCCUCGCACAAUGACGCACGAGGGAUCGUGGCUUCUCUGGAGGCCGAGGCCAGUGCACUGAGUAGCGUAGCCAGCAGCCAAGACUCACUGCACAAGCAGCCGAAGAAGAAGGGCAUCAAAUCCUCCAUCGGACGGCUGUUUGGCAAGAAGGAGAAAGGCAGACUGGCACAUAUGGCACACAGACAUGUCAUGGUAGAUCCACAAGACAUGGCGGGCCAGGAUAUGGGGGUGAGCAAGCUGGGAACUCAGGCCGAGAAGGACCGCAGGUUGAAAAAGAAACACGAGCUAUUGGAGGAGGCCAGGAGAAAGGGUUUACCUUUCGCCCAAUGGGACGGUCCCACAGUUGUAGCCUGGCUGGAGCUGUGGUUGGGAAUGCCGGCCUGGUACGUGGCGGCAUGUCGCGCCAACGUGAAGAGUGGAGCCAUCAUGUCGGCGCUGUCUGACACUGAGAUCCAGAGGGAGAUCGGUAUCAGUAACCCUCUGCACCGCCUCAAGCUUCGCCUGGCCAUCCAGGAAAUGGUCUCGCUUACCAGCCCCUCGGCCCCGCCCACCUCCAGAACCCCGUCAGGCAAUGUGUGGGUGACCCAUGAGGAGAUGGAGACCAUGGCAGCCCCUUCCAAAACGAAGUCAGACUCUGAAGAGGGGAGCUGGGCACAGACUCUAGCUUAUGGUGACAUGAACCACGAGUGGAUAGGCAACGAGUGGCUGCCCAGUCUCGGACUACCUCAGUACCGCAGCUACUUCAUGGAGUGCCUGGUGGACGCACGCAUGCUGGACCACCUCACCAAGAAGGACCUUAGGGUGCACCUCAAAAUGGUGGACAGCUUCCACAGAACAAGUUUACAGUAUGGCAUCAUGGGUCUGAAGAAGCUCAACUAUGACAGGAAGGAACUGGAGAGACGCAGAGAGCACAGCCAGCACGAAAUGAGAGACGUGCUGGUGUGGAGUAAUGAGCGGGUCAUCCGCUGGGUCCAGAGCAUAGGCCUGAGGGACUACGCCAACAUCCUGCUAGAGAGCGGCGUGCAUGGAGCUCUGGUCGCUUUGGAUGACAACUUUGACUACAGCAGUCUGGCGCUGCUCCUCCAGAUCCCCAACCAAAACACUCAGGCACGUCAGAUUCUGGAGCGAGAGUACAAUAAUCUGCUGGCGCUGGGCACCGACAGGAGACUGGAUGAGUGUGACGACAAAGACUUCCGAGGUCCAUCGUGGCGGAGGCAGUUCCCGCCCCGGGACGUUCACGGUAUAAGCAUGAUGCCCGGAUCAGCUGAGACACUCCCUGCUGGAUUCCGUCUCACCGCCACCUCUGGUCACUCCCGAAGGUUGCCCCCUGAGGUCGGACCCUCUGCAGUGCAGCGGCUGGACAGCUCCACGGUGAGAACCUACUCCUGCUGAGAGGAGGAAGAGAGGGACCUUAAACUGUACGCUGUACAGUUCUAAAUGGCGAUUAACAAGUGGAGCUCUGGACAGGCCAACCUGCGAGGAACAAACCACUCUGACGACACGCACUGCCAAGAAGCCCUGACCCCUUUCCCCCCCAACCCUCUUCUUCCUCUUUUCUCCUAAAAUGGGCACCACAUGUCGGUGCUAAACUGUCCUGCAGGCUGCCCCGCUGUCACCAUUUCUACCUUUUACAUGUACAGUAACUUGUCGAAGCAUAACGUACUGUGUAUUUCUUCUACAGGAGAUGUGUAGGUUAUCUGUAAAUAAA